AUGGAGAACGUAAUUUCGCAGCCACACGUUCCAGGUGAUGAAGUGGUGAUUCGCAAGUCUGUAAGCUACCAUCCCACCGUUUGGGGUGAUUACUUUAUCUUACAGGCCCAGUCCUCCCCCAGUACACAGGAGUGCGAUGCAAGGAUGCAAGAGAGAGCAGCAGAACUGAUGGAGCAGGUAAGAAGCAUGUUCAAGGACACUACCGACAUCUUGCAAACUAUGGACUUGGUCGAUUCAAUCCAGCUUCUCGGAUUGAGUUAUCACUUUGAGAAAGAAAUAAGUGAAUCAUUAAAACGAGUCCAUGAUGCCGAUUUGAACUGUCAAGGUCUCUACGAGACUGCUCUCCGGUUUCGACUGCUGAGACAAGAAGGGUAUCAUGUGACCACUGAUGUUUUUAACAAGUUCAAAGAUGAGGAAGGAAAUUUAGUGUCCACCUUGAAGGAUGAUCCAAAGGGACUUUUAAGCUUAUACAAUGCGGCUUAUCUACGGAUACAUGAGGAGACCAUACUCGAUCAAGCUAUUUCUUUUACGAGGGACCAGCUUGCGUCCAUGUUAAGUGAUCUCACACCACCAUUAGCAACGCAAGUGAGACUCUUCCUUGAGGGUCCUCUCUGUAGAAGAAUGAAAAGGCUCUUGGCACGAAAUUACAUCUCCAUCUACCAAGAGUGUGCGACACGAAAUGAUGCCUUACUAGAGCUGGCAAAGCUUGACUUCAAUCUACUGCAAUGUCUUCAUCGCGACGAGAUUAAGAGCAUCUCCAUGUAA